AUGGCGAUUUUACAAUGGAAAGUUCCAUCAUUCCCAACAAGACCAGUGAAACGCGGCGGCCCUUUCCAAAAUCCUGGCCCGCUCUGGGAUCCCGCAUCCCGCGGGAAGGGCCCACUCGCCGCCGUUCCCCCCCGGGCCGGCAGACCCGCAGGGCGGGAGCCGCAGGGACGGGCAGGGGGGACCCGCCGGGGGUGCGGGCACGGGGGGACCCGCCGGGCCGGGCCGGGCCUGCGGCGGGGCCAUGGGCGAGCAGUGGCCCUUGGGCCGAGCCCUGGCCGUGGUCGCGCUGUCCCGUUCCCGCCGCUGUUCCUGCGGCUGCUGGGGCCGCCGGUCCCGCCCGUGGGCGCCGUGGCCGGGGCGCGGGGCCCGGCGGCGGCUCUCGGGGCCGUUCCCCCGGGCUGCCCGAGGGAGCGGCGGCUGGUGCUGGUGGGCUCGCUGGUGGGCUCGGCGGGGGCCAGCCUGGGGCUCACCCUCAUCCCGCCCGCCGGCGGGGCCGCGGGGGCCGCGGGCUGUACCCACAGCCGGCACGGGGUGCUCGCCGCGGUGCCCUUCGCGGAACCCGGCCCGCUGCCCUUCACGGUGCCCAUCGUGGUACCAGCCACGGCGCCCAGCCCCGGGACAAGCACCUACGGAGCGCUAAGCACCAGCGCCGUGGCAAAUGCGAGAGCUGUGUCAAAGGAAACGGUGAGAACAACUGCUGGUGUUAAGUACAUGUUUGAAAACCUCUCAGGCACUCAAGAUGUCAACUUUGAGGCAGCACAAAGCAUCUUGCAGGACAGAGAGCAUCAGCUUUUUCUCAUGGUCCUGGGUGCUGUCGUGCUUUGGGAGCUGUUGGGCACUUCUCUGGAAAGGACAGUGGAUGAAGGUGUCUAUGAAUACCUGGACUUUGUGGAUGCCACUGACAGGUACAGCAGGCUGUGGAUGUGGAGUUCCCUGGGCGCGGCUGCCGGUGCCUGUGGCAUUGCUGUCCUGAUGGAUCAGCUGAAUUGCUUCCUCAGCGGUUCCAUCUCCCACCUCGCCGUCCACUUCUACGGCUACGCCGUCCUGGUGACGCUCUCACUGCUCGUCAGCGCCUUUUUUCCCGUCCACCUUCCCAGGAAAGCCGACCGUGGUUUUCCCAAAGCCCUGGCGCUGCUGUGGAGCGACGGCCGGGCGCUGCUGUGCGCUGGCACCGUGUUCCUCGCCGGCACCGCCAGCUCUGCCGGGCACAACUUCCUCUUCUGGCAGAUGCAGGACCGAGGCAGCAGCGAGCUCCUCGUGGGGCUCUCCGUGUCCGUCGGGCUGCUGGCUGAGCUGCUGCUCUGGCCCUUCAAGGGGAGGCUGCUGAGGGCUCUGUCGACGGCCGCGGUCAUCGGUGUGGGCCUGCUGGCGGCACAGCUGCUGUGCCACUCCCUGCUCCGCGCUCCCUGGGCCGUGCUCCCAGUCAGAAUUACAUCGAACGUGGUGCCUCCAGGACUGACUGACUGGUCCACUGCCAGGGGAGGACGACAUGGUCUAGAGGAACAGGUAGGAGCUGGGCACACAAGUCACACCUCCUCAAGUCCAACUCUCCCUGCAGUUUUGAGUGCAUCACUUCUCCCUUCCCACUGCCUCACUUUCUCCAAGGACAGCAUUCCUUUUUAA